AUUCUUGUUUCCAGAAACCAAGCGGAGCCCCCUCCCCCGCCUCCUGCCCUUCCCCCUCCAUGCCUCUGCCCCUUGUUCUGGAGGCUGAAGAGAGUGUGCCUCAGCUCAGUUCCCCUCAGGCUUCUGGACCACAUCCCUGCUGUGUUCUGUCCUGGGCCUGGCUUUGUGAGAGGGAGUCAGGGCAGUGAAGGCCCCCUGCUGUCUGUGGUGGUGACCUCUUCACGUGGGAACUCAAGGACAGAAGCAGAGAGAAUCUGUCGGCUGGUUCUGCGUUUGCCAUUGUUUGCUAUUCCCUCAGUGGAGGGGAGCUGUUUUCCCUCAGCUGAGACUAGCCCAUCAUCUGGCUGAGCCUGUGUCCAUUGUCCAUCCCUAAAGCCAGAAGCUGCUUGAGAUUUCAACCAUGUCUCACCCAUCUUGGCUGCCACCCAAAAGCACUGGUGAGCCUCUUGGCCACGUUCCUGCCCGGAUGGAGACCACCCAUUCUUUCGGGACCCCCAGUAUUUCCGUGUCGACACAGCAGCCACCCAAGAAGUUUGCUCCAGUGGUGGCCCCAAAACCCAAGUACAACCCGUACAAGCAGCCCGGAGGAGAGAGUGACUUUCUCCCACCCCCACCUCCACCUUUAGAUGAUCCCGGUACCCUUCCACCUGGCUCUGGACACUUCCCUCCUCCUCCACCACUGGAUGAAGGUGCUUUCAAAGUCCAGCAGGGAAAUCCUGGAGGCAAGACCCUGGAGGAAAGGCGGUCCAGUCUGGAUGCCGAGAUCGAUUCCUUGACCAGCAUCCUGGCUGAUCUGGAGUGCAGCUCUCCCUAUAAGCCUCGGCCCCCACAGGGCUCUACUAGUGUUACAGCCACUCCUUCAGCCGCCACUCCUGUCACAGGACAUAAGAGAAUGGUCAUUCCCAACCAGCCCCCUCUGACGGCCACCAAGAAGUCGGCCGUGAAACCACAGCCUGCACCCCAGGCCGCACCCAUCCCAGUGGCUCCCAUUGGAACUCUCAAACCACAGCCUCAGCCAGUUCCGGCCUCCUACACGACAGCCUCUACACCUUCCAGGCCCACCUUCAACGUGCAAGUGAAGUCAGCCCAGCCCAGCCCACAUUACAUGGCUGGCCCAUCUGCUGGACAGAUGUAUGGUCCAGGGCCUCAUGGCUAUAACACCCAGCCAAUUCCUCUGUCGGGACAGGGUCCUCCUCCCUCAGCUCGUGCUGGUACCGACCAUGCAUAUAUCCCACCCCCGGGACAUCAGCCUGAGCCGGGAUAUGGGUAUACCUCCAACCAAGGACGAUAUUAUGAACCCUAUUAUGCAGCAGGGCCUGGCUACGGGGCCAGAAAUGAUGCAGAUCCUUCUUAUGGACAACAAGUUCACCCGAAUACCUGGAAGCGGGAACCAGGGUAUGCUGCUCCUGGAGCUGGGAAUCAGAACCCCUCUGGGAUGUAUCCAGCCAGUGGUCCUAAGAAGACCUAUAUCACAGACCCUGUGUCAGCUCCCUGUGCACCACCAGUGCAGCCAAAGGCUGGACACCCUGGGCCUAUGGGGGCUCCUUCUGUUCCCCCAUCAUUCCGGCCAGAAGAUGAGCUGGAGCACCUGACCAAGAAGAUGCUGUAUGACAUGGAAAAUCCCCCUUCUGAUGAGUACUUUGGCCGCUGUGCUCGCUGUGGGGAAAACGUGGUUGGAGAAGGGACAGGAUGCACGGCCAUGGAUCAGGUCUUCCACGUGGACUGCUUCACCUGCAUCGUCUGUAACAACAAGCUCCGAGGACAGCCUUUCUAUGCUGUGGAGAAGAAGGCCUACUGUGAGCCCUGCUACAUUAAUACUCUGGAGCAGUGCAACGUGUGCCACAAGCCCAUCAUGGAGCGGAUCCUCCGCGCCACGGGGAAGGCCUACCACCCCCACUGCUUCACCUGCGUGAUGUGCCACCGCAGCCUGGAUGGCAUCCCGUUUACCGUGGACGCCUGUGGCCUCAUCCAUUGCAUCGAGGACUUCCACAAGAAAUUUGCCCCACGCUGUUCUGUGUGCAAGGAGCCUAUCAUGCCUGCCCCAGGCCAGGAGGAGACUGUCCGCAUCGUGGCUCUGGACCGUGAUUUCCACGUGCACUGCUACCGCUGUGAGGAUUGUGGUGGUCUUCUGUCUGAAGGAGACAACCAAGGCUGCUACCCCUUGGAUGGACACAUCCUCUGCAAGACCUGCAACUCAGCCCGCAUCAGGGUGUUGACCGCCAAGGCAAGCACCGACCUGUAGAGUCAGCCGCCGCCUAGCUGCUACGCGGAGAAGAGUGAAACACGAGAGAAAGAUAAGAGAAGAAAUAGAAAAAUAGAGGCAAAGUUCUCAACCCCUGGGAUGGUCUCUGUUCUUCACCUGCUGUUACCCUUUCCUUUAGAAGCACACACAUGAUGGCAUUUGUCAAAGUUCCUACCAAAUACACAUUUCACAUUGAAUCA